AUGGGCAUCUACCCUGGAGGAAAAAGCACGCGUAUCGAUUCUCCGCGCCAUCUAGCGCUACGUCACUACAGACGUGUUAUUUCCGCCAAUCAAGUCAAAGCCUCUUCCCAGCCAACAACAUUCCUGGCAAAUGGUGAAGCAGUCAAAGAAGAAAUCGAUUCCUUGGCCCCAGGUGAACAGAAACUCAACUCAUUCUGGGCCCCCGGGAUCGAAGCAGGUCCCAAACAUACCAUCUCCGUCAAGCAGAGUAUCAAUGCAAACGGAGAAAUACUCAAUUUAGAAGCUGAUCAGAGCUUCUAUGUUGAUGCACCCCAAUUCUCUCUGCCUGAUGGGAGCGUUCACUCUACGUAUCCUCCAGCUGGGUACAGCGAUGAUCAUCGUAUCUUGCCUCAUGUCGUCUUGACUGAUCCUCAUCUCCCGUGGGAGAGGCUGGGAAGUCCGAAAGCUGGCACCAACAAGGAACUCAAGGCUCAGAUGAAAAUGCUGGCCUUGAAUCCUACUGGCCAAGGGGUUCCACCACGGAACCGUGUACCUUGGCUUGUUAUUUUCUCCUUCUCUCAAGAUGAGCUGAGACUACCUCCAGAGCACCUGGGUGGUUCGGGAAGCAUCUUUCGUAAUACCAGUAGUGGUGUCAUCAAGCCGGUCAAACAGUCAUCCACCAUGACAGUCAGCAUGAGCAUCGCCGACUUGUGGAAGUUGACCUCUGAAGUGACAACUCCCGUCACGUCGAGACUCGGUCCUGGCUCCAUGGCAGAAAGCCGUGGCGACUUUAUCUUCGUGCCGCCAGACCUGUUCACCAGUCUCUUCUCGACCUUUGACGGGAAGGGUAAUCGGGUCAAGGGUGCUAGCCCCGAGACAUCGCAGUACCAAUACCUUGCUCAUGUUCGCAAGAUCAAUGGUUCUGGAAUGGCUCUCGCUGGUGUUGAAGAUACAGCCGUGUUUAGUAUCGUUGUGGGUAAUAGGUCUGGACCUCUUGAAAAUACCAUUCCAACCACCAUGUGCGCACAUCUCGUCUCAAUCGAAGGUGUCGAGGCGAUGAAUUAUCCGACACAGACGCACAAGUACGUGGCUCUUUCGUCACUGUAUAGUUGGAACUACACGGUCCUUCCACCAAAUACACUCAACGUCCCAGACGCUUUCGAGAGUAUCGGUCGCACCCUCAACGUGUUGCGAGCACCAGAAGAAGUCAUCACGCCUCUGCAAAAGUCAGACGACAAGAUCAAACAACUAGUCGGACGCCGUCUGACUGAUGGAUACACCCUUAUGAAAUACAGGACCCAAACAGGCGAGGCGACUGUGGCACUGUAUCGUGGUCCCUUCACGCCUACAUAUGUCCCAACUUUGGAACAUCUGACCAAGUGCUCAACAUCAGGGUUGGACUUGCAGAUCCUCGAUAAGCAGAUCGGCAUCAUGGAUAUCACAUACUCUGUUGCAUGGCAAGUCGGACGUACAAUGGCUCUUGGUGAUCAAGCAUUUGUGGCUGCUCUGGGACGUGUACGAAGCGAGGUUCACGCAGACGCAGCUAAACAAGUCAAGAUCAAUGCUAUCAAAGAUGUCAGAGACACUGCGUUUAGAACUAGGAAUGAUCUCCUGGAAGACCUUUCUUCUAUGGUCAAGGGUCUGACUGAUGUUCACCUUCACAAACGAGACUCAGACUCUGAGCUCGGAAGGGCACGACCUGGCAGACCCGUCUUUAGACACGGAGGACCCAAGAGACGUUGGUUCCAUAAAAGGCUCCGACGUCGUGAUCGGCCUUCCCUUUCGUUCUCUUCACCUGUCUUUGAAGACAAGUAUCCAGAUGCUGCGCUACACUCUGCCCGCAGACUGGCGUCGAGUCGAUCUGGUGAUCCAUAUGACGAGACGAACGAUCCGCAGUCUUCAGAUUGGAUGACUGUGCUCUCAUGGCUGGUCGAUCGUAUGUUUCUUGCUGGUGUGCCAGCACACUGUCUUCUCCCAGACCCGUCAUACCUCGGGGAAGAAAGCCUCCGUUUCUUCCAUAUCGAUAGGAACUGGGUAGAUGCCAUGAUCGAUGGAGCUCUAUCUCUGGCGAAUCAUUUCGGUACCGAUGAGGACCGUGUGGCUAUCAAGAAGGCUCUCAAUGACUACAUCCACCGUGUCCCUGACGGAAUGGAUCAUCGUGUGCAGAUACCCGCAUACGGAUUCUAUCUCCGUUCCGAUCUGGUGACCAUGUUUCCGGAUCUUCGGGUCGAAGUCUUAUCCAAUGACUCUGCUCUUAAAGCUGCUGGUCAAGUUCCUCCUACUGGUGCACCUCUUCUACGACACGAGAUUAUUGCCGAUGGAGUGAUGAUGGCUUUCAUGGAUCGCGCACCUGGAUCUGCACAGUUCUCGUCUCUAGUUUUGACGCAGCCAGCUCAUCAACAGCGGUUUGCCGUUGCUCGAGGACUUGAAACUGGGGAGAUAAAGGUAGAUAUCAGACGGCAAUACACCGUUGACCAGAGUAUUCGAGAAACCGAUGGAGACAGACGCAAGGCAUUGAAACAAGUCACGUAUACUCCGUCCUCGGCCAACAACAUAUUCACAUGGAACUCCCAGCCCCAGAAUGUCAACGACUUGCGAAUCCUUCGUCUACCCGCAUUCGCAGAUCUUCAGCUUGCAACUUUGCGGGAGAUGAUGGGGAAGCAACCAGGAACAAACGCACCUUACUUUGAAGAUGACACUUCAACUUCAGCACUAUUCGCCAUGCAGCUGAAUGAUCCCAUCUACAACUUGACAAUUAAUAUGCGUGACUCUUCCAGGGCUUCGCGGGCAUUAGCUGAUUUGGCACCACCUGACUCUGGAGAUGGAAGCCCUGAGGUGAGGACCAUGAAUAUGCUACAGGCAGUGCGAGUUAAGAAGCUCUCUAUUCCUGGUGCCGCCGUAGUCACUGCAGCUAUUGAAGAGGAUUCAGAUCAGGAUGAAGAAGGCAAUAUCAGCAGUUAUGAAGGAUGGGACUACUCGAGACCUACGGCCUACGCGCCUUCUCACGAUGGCCUGUCAACUUGUCUAGCGCCUCAUGUCAAAACCCUACCACUUUAUAGUGGUUCAAUCCCCAGCGCCCCAGCUAUUUCCCCCAGCACAACAUCAAUCGGUCACGGUGGAACCCUUUUAAGCAACCGACCACCAGAAUCAGAGCCAGCGUCAGCACCAAGGUUUCUCAUACGUGUCAGCAGUAACUCAACCGAAACCCAUGAUCAAGUCAUACUAGACAGGACAAAUCUUCCCCAGGACCUAAUCUUUUCCAUCGUCCUCAAGCAAAGCGAGAUCAACCAGUAUUUACUAAUGGAACUAACCAUCGACAUCGCGCUUGGAUCCAACGACCCGACAUACUUCUUGAUGUCCAAUUACACCGGUCCAGGCGCACACAUGUUGACGAAUCUGCGCUUCAACGUUAUUCCUACGACGUUUCAUGAUACGAAUCAUAAUCAGUAUUGCCUGCGUAUUCGACUUCUUCCUAGAGCUGAGAAAGGAUGGGUUAUUGCCCCAACUGUCAAUGAGUUGAGUUUCCUGUUGGGCUUGGCUAGUAUUAAUGCUCCGAGGGGCGGAUUUGGAAGUACGACUGCGACUAUCCAGUCUCGAGCUAGGUAUUGCAGAAAUCCGGCUCGGGUGAUGGAUGAUAUCAAUAUCAUGAUUGUUGAGAAUCCUCCGGUCUCGGUAACAGUGGCGAUGCGGUAA